AUGUCCGAAUCAAUAUUCCAGUUUCACGAAAAUAAUAUGUAUACAGCCGAAAAAAUGAAGGCUCACAUUGAAUUUGAAGACGAAUUUGAAAAAAUUCAGAGUAGGCAUGGUGACGAAUAUAAAGAGCUCGAGAAUAAAUACGAUUAUGAACGUAAAGAACUUAAGCGAAGAUAUGAUAAUGAACGUGAAAAACUUAAGAAUAGACACUAUCAGGAAAUUAAAAAACUUAUCAGUAAUCGUUUGCGUCGUCAAAAUAGACAGUCUUCUAGAAGACAAGGUACAAAAAGAUUAGUAUCUCGCCCAAGCAAAUAUCCUACUCCUUCCAAUCCCUCGGGGAAACAAAAGGAUAUAAAUUUAUCUCCAACUACUAAACAACCUAGUCAGCACUUAUCUUAUAAUACUUGCACUCCUUCCGGCCCUUCAAGAAAACCAACUAAUGAAUCACCGAGUCAGCAUUUAUCUUGCUAUAGUUCUUCUGAAACUAACCUCAACCUAGAAGAAUGGCCCAACGAUGGUUCUUAUGAUUGUACACUCAGCACACGUGAUCCUCCAGUCUUUAACGAAAUGAGAUAUCCAGGCAAUUCACCGUUCGGUUACUUAAUUCACACAUAUAAUCAUGAAAAUUCCACACUAAUUAGAGAUGACCAAAAGAAUAUUACAAGAAGUCAGUAUAGUAAUAUCGAUAUGACCAACGCAAAUGAUGGAUCCUAUUUAGAUCGCAUGGGCAACUAA